UGCAGGCCCCGGGUGCUGGUCCUGCAGGCGCUGUUCUGGAGCCUGGUGUCCCUCAGGGUGUUUGGAGCCGCCCUGCUGAGCGAGGAGAAAACUACAGUGAAGCAGCAGAGCGCCCCCUGCUGGCUGCUGGAGGACUUCGUGGUGGCGGCCGAGUGCUCGCCGUGCACUGCCUUCCAGACCACGUCCUGGGCGUCCUGCGGGCCGACGGGCUUCGUGGAGCGAGUCAACUGCACCAGAUCCAACAAGGACGAGUACAAGAGCUGCCGCUCGUCCCUCCUGGAGGAGCGUCUCUUCUGGAGGUUCGAGGCCUCCAUGCUGGUCCUCACCCUCUCCUCCUCGGUGGUGGUGGUCCUGAGGCAGAGGCUGCUGGACCGCCUCGCCUCAGAGAAGGUGAGGAGGCAGAUAGAGAGCAUCUAGAGAGGAGACACCUGUAGGAGAGAGGAGACAGGAGACACGAGAAGGAGAGAGGAGACACGAGAAGGAGAGAGGAGACAGAUAGAGGACUGCAGAAGCUGUGAAAACUUUAUUGAAAAAGAAUCUGGAGACCGAACGAGCGAUGAGGCGUUCAAUGACCGUCAGAAACUCUGUGUUUCUCUGUUUCUUGUGAGCACUAAAUGUUAACGUGUGUUCAGACUUUAGUUCUUAGACAUUAAAGUGAGUUAUUAUGAACAUUAUGGAGGUUUGACUGUUGAAUAGUCUCUUUGAUAUCAACAGAUGGACCAAUCAGAGCCUGUGAAUAUGAUGUCAUCUCUAAAUAUAACGAUCUAAAUUAAAAACUGGGUCAAAAAAA